GAAGCUAAACCCACACACCCUGGGCCUAAUAAAGCACUCAGCAGGAGCCCAGCGUCCCCUGAGUCACCAAAUGCAGAUGAGAUCAGGAUCACAGAUGCAUUUAAUGAACAGGCAACAACUGCUAACAUUGCUCAGUGCGGCAGUUUUCCUGAGUAUGGAAUGGAAUCAAGGGAACAGGCUCCUAGUGCAGUAUCUCUAGAAUCGGACUUAUUUUUUUCAUUAAAACUUGCUGCAGUUUUAACUUUGGUCUUUGUUGCUGUCACAAUCAUAUUAGUUUCCACAAAUUGGUCUGAGCCUCUUCUCAUCUCCCCUGACCUAACAAAGUUCAAUGGGCACCUUUCACUGAAUCACAAGCUCCACAAGCUUAGGGUCUCCUUCCCAAGUCAGUCCGAAAGUUUCUGGAGAGCUCUGGAAAAUGUUUUCGAUCGUCAUCUCACUGACCCCACAGAAACGCUGGAACAUUGGUUAGUUGGAGUUGGAUUUGAAGAUUCAUGGAGCACAAUGCUUUGCCUCUCUAGGAUUAUUCUCAAGUUACUAUUGGUCACUGAUGGUGAUCUGGCUCCUAAUAUAAUGAGUAAAAUGUUGGAUUACAACCAUGUUCUUUGGUCACAACCUGGUCUCUCUCCGAGACCAAGUACUUGUAUAAUUGUCAUUGCAAGAAGUGUAAGAAGCCAGACUUGUGCUAUUACCCUGAACGCUCAUUCAGCUAUCACCCCAAAAGCUUCACAUAUGACACUUAUCUCAGUGCAGCCUGUCAACAUGGGUCCCAAGGAAGAGAUGUCCUUCGAUAACUGCACAUGGAGAAUUUUGCAUCAUCUCAACCAGACAGCACCAACUAGUACAGAAAUCCCAAACACACCAGUUGUGGUGGUGAAACCUGAAAGGUACUUGGAAAGUGGCUUUCUGUGCUGAACCUGGUUGAAUCUCCACUUUGAGCACUACUUUAGCCAUCUGCUUUGAUGGUAAAUGAACGUGGACUUGAAAAAAACUCUCAGUGUGAACAGUUUGUUGCAAUAUCUGGAUUAUGAAUGGAGAUCAACUGAGUGAAUGUGCACAGGCAGUGUGAACAUCAUGACUCUGAACUGUACAUCCGAGAUGACUGUACAGGAAUUAUAUCUGUACUUAAUAGGGGAGUCUUUGCAAUAUAUUACAAUACACAUGUUGAUGUUAAAUUGUAAUGUUGCUAUU